UCCGGUUUCCCUGCAGGCCCCAGCGGGGCUGAACUUCCGGGCCCAGGACGCAGGCGCAGAGCGCUCUUUUCGCUCUCUCCAGCUGGGUUUACGGGGCUCGCAGCCAUGUCUUACCCCGCGGAUGAUUACGAGUCCGAGGCGGCCUAUGAUCCCUAUGCGUACCCAGGCGACUAUGAUAUGCACACAGGAGAUCCAAAGCAGGAUCUGGCUUACGAGCGUCAGUAUGAACAGCAGACCUAUCAGGUGAUCCCCGAAGUGAUCAAAAACUUCAUCCAGUAUUUCCACAAAACCGUCUCCGAUUUGAUUGACCAGAAGGUGUAUGAGCUACAGGCAAGUCGUGUCUCCAGCGAUGUCAUUGACCAGAAAGUGUAUGAGAUCCAGGACAUCUAUGAGAACAGCUGGACGAAGCUGACAGAAAGAUUCUUCAAGAAUACACCUUGGCCUGAGGCCGAAGCCAUUGCGCCACAGGUUGGCAAUGAUGCCGUCUUCCUGAUCCUGUACAAAGAGCUCUACUACAGGCACAUAUACGCCAAAGUCAGCGGGGGACCUUCCUUGGAGCAGAGGUUCGAAUCCUAUUAUAACUACUGCAAUCUCUUCAACUACAUUCUCAAUGCUGAUGGCCCUGCUCCCCUUGAACUGCCCAACCAGUGGCUCUGGGACAUCAUCGACGAGUUCAUCUACCAGUUCCAGUCCUUCAGUCAGUACCGCUGUAAGACCGCCAAGAAGUCGGAGGAGGAGAUCGACUUCCUUCGCUCCAACCCCAAGAUCUGGAAUGUCCACAGCGUCCUCAACGUGCUCCACUCCCUGGUGGACAAGUCCAACAUCAACCGGCAGCUGGAGGUGUACACGAGCGGCGGGGACCCCGAGAGCGUGGCUGGGGAGUACGGACGGCACUCGCUCUACAAGAUGCUCGGCUACUUCAGCCUGGUGGGGCUGCUGCGCCUGCACUCGCUGCUGGGGGACUACUACCAGGCCAUCAAGGUGCUGGAGAACAUCGAGCUGAACAAGAAGAGCAUGUACUCCCGUGUGCCCGAGUGCCAGGUCACCACGUACUACUACGUUGGCUUUGCGUAUCUGAUGAUGCGCCGCUACCAGGAUGCCAUCCGGGUCUUCGCCAACAUCCUCCUCUACAUCCAGAGGACCAAGAGCAUGUUCCAGAGGACCACAUACAAGUAUGAGAUGAUUAACAAGCAGAACGAGCAGAUGCACGCGCUGCUGGCCAUCGCCCUCACCAUGUACCCCAUGCGCAUCGACGAGAGCAUUCACCUCCAGCUGCGGGAGAAGUACGGGGACAAGAUGCUGCGCAUGCAGAAGGGCGACCCGCAGGUCUACGAGGAGCUUUUCAGCUAUUCCUGCCCCAAGUUCCUGUCUCCCGUGGUGCCCAACUAUGACAACGUGCACCCCAACUACCACAAGGAGCCCUUCCUGCAGCAGCUGAAGGUGUUCUCCGACGAAGUGCAGCAGCAGGCCCAGCUCUCCACCAUCCGCAGCUUCCUGAAGCUCUACACCACCAUGCCCGUGGCCAAGCUGGCCGGCUUCCUGGACCUCUCCGAGCAGGAGUUCCGGAUCCAGCUCCUCGUCUUCAAGCACAAAAUGAAGAACUUGGUGUGGACCAGCGGCAUCUCCGCCCUGGACGGCGAGUUCCAGUCGGCCUCCGAGGUUGACUUCUACAUCGACAAGGACAUGAUCCACAUCGCAGACACCAAAGUCGCCAGGCGCUACGGGGAUUUUUUCAUCCGGCAGAUCCACAAAUUCGAGGAGCUCAACCGAACGCUGAAGAAGAUGGGGCAGAGACCCUGAGUCACUCGCGCCUGCAUUAGUGGGAGCCCGGGUCGAUGUCAUCGUUGGCGGGGAGGCCCUUACGUGGCUCGGCCGUCAGCCUGGGGGCCCGGUUGAAGUUUGUUCGUGUCAAAGACUGAAAUGUGUGAGAUGAGUCUCAGUAAAGGGUCUUCUUUGGA